AUGCUUCUCAAAGGAGAAACGAGCAAGCUGCACCCAAUACACACAUAUACAGACACGGACCUCGCAGGUGACGACAACGAUCGCAAGUCGUCGUCUGGAGCAGUUCACUUAUUCAACGGCGCCCCGAUCGCAUGGAGCUCGGGAAAGCAGUCCUUAAAAGCCCUCUCCACCUGCGAAGCCGAAUAUAUAGCGCCAACAACAGCACUUCAGACAACACAGUGGCUGAGGAGAAUCCUGAGCGAGGCGCAACUACUACCGAAUACCCCCACACCGAUCUUCGUAGACAACAAAGCAGCCAUCGCAGUAGCCAAAAGUGUCGCGUCAACACGCAAACGAAAAUUCAUAGGCCUAAGGCACCACUUUCUGCGCGAACACAUCAAGAACGCAACGAUCAAGGUCAUACACGUACCAUCCAAAAGCAUGCUGGCCGACCUACUAACAAAACCCAUGGGCAAACAAACAUUCCUCCCUCUCAAAACCGCGCUGAGCAUCUUACCACUCCCCGCGGCAAAACGACAAAAGAACAUACCCUCUCCGCAAACUAAACAUGCACCGGAACAGGAGGCGUGUCAGGACGCUCAAAAGAGUGAGCGCAAGCAGAUGUUCCGGCGCAUACCGCCAGCGACGAGUGUCAGGACGCAACCUGUCCACGUGGACAGGUGGACACGACGGACACCGCCGGCAGCGGCGACGGCGGGGAGUAUAUUAGGGAUAGGAUAG